CCAGUUCCUGGUAAACGGUGGAGCAGCCGCUGUUAGCUUUAGCUGUGCCAACUUCAGGAGGACUCGGUGGCUUUUUGACCCUCUCUAGUGACCGGUAACCUUUCCAGGCAAUUGUCUGACCUUUAGUAGCCUGGAGGAGACCCGCAGCUUUUGCUCUGAAGCCAGUUUGAUUUUAGCCCGGACAUUAACCCACCGCUACGCAGGUUAACUAAUGCCAGUUGAGUUGUCCCAGAGCGGCUACAGGAAGUGACGCUCACCGGCGCAAUGAGGAUGAAGGUCUGUCAGCAGCUGCUCAGUAGAGCCUUCAGUCACCGCGGAGCCGCAUGUGCCUGUAGGACCGGCUCAGUGACACCUGACACAGGAAGGUGGCGCUGUGUUCCGUCCGUGUCGUUGUGCAGCUCCUCAGCCCAGGACAGGAAGUCCCGCCCCUCCAUGCUCAAACACCUGAGCGCCAAGAUCCGCUCCACCGGGCCCAUCACCGUGUCCGAGUACAUGAGGGAGGUUCUGACCAACCCAGUGGCCGGUUACUACGUGAGGAAGAUGAUGCUGGGAGCGGAGGGAGACUUCAUCACAUCUCCAGAGAUCAGCCAGGUGUUUGGAGAGCUGCUGGGCGUGUGGAUGGUCAGUGAGUGGAUGGCGGCGGGUCGGCCCGGUCGGUUGCAGCUGGUAGAACUGGGCCCGGGGAAAGGUUCCCUGAUGGCAGACGUCCUGAGAGUGUUCGGCCAGCUACGCUCUGUAGUGGGCGGAGCCGCUGUGUCGGUCCACCUGGUGGAGGUGAGUCCGGUUCUGAGUCGGGUCCAAGCCGAGACGCUGACCGGAACCAGCGGCCAGGAGGCGAGCGGCGAGUCGGACCCGGACGGCCCGGCGUACCGGCGCGGGGAGACGGCAGCCGGGGUUCCGGUGUCCUGGUACCGCCGCCUGGAAGACGUCCCUGCAGGUUUCAGCAUCUUUGUUGCUCACGAGUUCUUCGACGUUCUGCCGGUCCACAAGUUCCAGCGGACGGAGAAAGGUUGGCGGGAGGUUCUGGUGGAUCUGGAUCCGGCCGACCCGGGCCGGCUGCGGUUGGUUCUGUCUCCGGGUCCGACGCUCGCUUCGUCCUCGCUGGUCCAGGCCGGCGAAGGGCGGAGCCACGUGGAGGUGUGUCCGGAGGGCGGAGCCAUCAUCCAGCUGAUGGCCCGCCGGAUCCGGCAGCAGGGAGGAGCGGCGCUGAUCGCCGACUACGGCCACGACGGAACCAAGACCGACACGUUCCGGGGCUUCAAGGGCCACCGGCUGCACGACGUCCUGUCGGACCCCGGCGGCGCCGACCUGACCGCUGAUGUGGACUUCAGCUACCUGCGGCGCAUGGCGGGAGGGGGCGUGGCCUGUCUGGGCCCCGUCACCCAGAGGGCGUUCCUGAAGAACAUGGGCGGCGACGCCCGCAUGCAGGUUCUGCUGAGGAACUGCAGCGACCCGUCCAGCAGGAAGCAGCUGAUCCGGAGCUACGACCUGCUGACAAGCCCCGCCCACAUGGGCGAGCGCUUCCUGUUCCUGUGUCUGCUGGCGCCCGGCCGCCUCGCCGCCCCACCCACACCCACCGGCCUGAAGCUGGACAGGAAGAGCCCCGCGCCACUUCCUGUGGCCGGCUUCUCCGAGCUCCGCUUCUCCUGACCCGGAUCGAAACCAGGUUUAGAACAGAAGUCAAGUAAACACUGCAACAGACUGAAACCAGUGUUCCCAGUUCAGCUUUAAUGGUUUUGUGCUACAAAAGUAGAAAAGUUCUCAGGUCUUCGUCAGUCGGUGAGGAAGAGGAAGCAGAAGUCAGCCUGGCUCGGUUCAGAACCGACUACACAUCAAACGGGUUGGAUUCUGAUUUUCCUCCAGAUCUGAAGUUAAUCUGAGGUUUUUUUCUGCUGCUGAAACAGGAAGUGAAUUCCUGGGAUUAGGAAAGCGUUGCGGGAUUAAUCCAGGAAGUUAAUCAGCAGAGUGGAGCCUCUGAUUAUGGAUUAUUAGAUGAAGCUGUGAAUGGCAUCAGUGGUUCUGAGAAUAAAACUGAAAAUAAA